CUCUUCAUUUGCAACGGUCCGAAAUAAUAGUACACACAUUGCUGCCUGUCCUGAUGGACGUGUUGCUCGUGUUGCUCGCGUGCGUGAUCCAGCUCAUCGUCCUCCAGUCUGUCCGCGGGGCGCCCUCACUUCUGCGGCCGAGCGAGCUGCAAGAUGCAGAAGCACCACUCAACGACCCACAAGACCACCAGGUGAGAGCGGCACACAACACACGAGGCGCACCUAUCUGUGCGUCAGGCGAUGUUCUCUCUGCUGGCUGUUGGCAGCAUCGUCGUGUGUCCACGAGCGACGACAAAAGCGAUAAUGGUCCACCGCAGAGCAGCGGCGACCACGGUGGAGGUUAUGAUAGCGGCCAGGACACAUACGACAUCUCAGUUGACGCACGUGUCGAGGCGGCCAAGUCAGGGCCCUCACUGUCAGCCACCAGCCUGCAGUGGGGCGUGAGCGAUGCCGACUGGCGGGACCCCAUCACGAGUCAGUUCUCGGCCGAGUGGUCGGCGAUAGACGUCGACCCCACCAAUUCCACGGGCCUCAAGGCUUGGGGCGUCGACCCCUCCAGCUCUCAGGACGGCCGACCCAACUUUCUGAUCAUACUGAGUGACGACCACAGGUGGGAUGGGAUAGGCAAGGUGCAGCAGCACCUACCUCAAGACAAACGGCUCUUCCCAUUUAUCGUGUAAGGACGGACCGAGACGACAGCAGAGGGAGCCAGGGACGGACAAUUGGAUGGAUCUCUUUGGAUGUGUGUGUGUGUGUGUUGUGUGCAGAGGCAAGACCCCCAACAUGGACGACAUGAUAUCCGAGGGCGUCUUCUUCACAAACGCUUUCGUCAGCGACCCCCUCUGCAGCCCCAGCAAAGGCACACUCUACUCCGGUCGGUAACACACUCACUCCUUCCUCCACCUCCACCACAGCAAGUGUGUCUUAGCUAAUUAGACACCAGACCAGAUGAAUGCUCUGCUCUGCUCUGCUCCCUCCAUCCAUCAGGUGAGCGCGAGCACGUCCAUGGUGUGCUGGGAAACGAUGACGAGUUCCCCUUGCCCGAUGCCGGCGACGGCAUGACACACCUGGGCGACCUCACCAUCGCCGAGCGGCUCAGGCGGCAGGGCUACCGCACCGGAUACUUCGGCAAGUGGCACAUGAAGGAGCAGCUCGACCGGCCUGGCUUCGAGACGGUCGCCACAUUUCGCGGUCAGGGCGACUACUUCAACGGGAACCAGAUGUGGGUCAACGGCAAGAAGACUAAGACGAACCCCAAGGAGUUCAUCGACGACACCGUCACCAACUUCUUCCUCGACUGGCUCAGGGCUAACCAAGACAACCCAAGACCAUUCUUCGCCGUGCUCAGCGUCAAGGUGCACUGGGCGCUCACACAUUUCGGCACUGCAAUCUCUCUGAGACUCUCUCUCUCUCUGUGUGUGUGUGUGUGUUGGUGAUCUGUUUGUCUGUCAUGGCAUGGCAAUGGCAGGCCCCGCACACCCCUCGCAGCCCGCAUCCCCGGACCAAGGAAAUGUUCGUGGGGGGGCUCAUGAAGUCGCCGCCCAACUCGAAGAGCGGCUUCCCCCCUGCGCGCUUCAAGGAGGAGUACUUCGAGUCGGUGGAGACCAUCGACAUGAACAUGGGCCGCGUGCGCAAGGAAAUGAUGAACAUCGGCAUACACGAUACAACCAUGACAUUCUACCUGGGGUGGGUAUGGGAAUGGGAAGACAGGCAUGGGUGCAGGGCAGGCAGUAUUACUUGUCUGUGGUCUGUGGUGUGUGUAUGCUCUCAGAGACAAUGGGUACUUUCUCGGGUAAAACUUGGUUGGCACCACGCUAGCCGGCAUGAGUGUCAGUCAUCUUCUGCUGCCUGCGUUCUUCCUCCCUUGCUUGCAGCGAGCACGGCCUCGUCGACAAGCGCUUCGCCUACGAGGAAUCCAUCAAGAGUAGGCAGUGUGUACCACGCAGUACCACCCACUGCACCGCACCGCCACCACACACACACGCGGUCCUCCACUCGCCUCGCCUCCCCCCUGUCUGUCCGUGUCAGUUCCGCUGAUCGUGUCUUAUCCGGGGGGCCGCGUUCGCCGCGACAGUUUCGAGGAUGCGUUGGUGCUGCACAUGGACAUCCCCGCCACCAUCAUGGAUUAUGCCGGCCUCAACGGGCGCGACGUGGUCAUGGGGAGGAGCAUGCGGCCGCUGCUCGAGACGACCGGCAAGGAGAUCUGGCCAGAGGGGGUGCUCAUGAACUACUACCCCGAACACAAAAUCGGCCCGCCAUUCCAAUGGUACCUCCCCUCCCCCGGGCCCUUUCAGCACCACACAUGGGUCGGUCUUCUCUGUUCUCUGUCUGUUCCCGUGUUGGCAGGUUUGCGCUGCGCACCAAGACGGAGAAGCUGAUUCACAUAGCGCCCACCCUUUACGACCCCUUGUGCGGCGGACCCAGGACCAAGACCCGCUGCAUGUACCUCAAGGGCCGGGAGGAGUUCUACAACAUCAAGAACGACCCCUACGAGCUGCACGACCUCACCAAAACCAAAACCAGCAGCGGGGCGCAGGACACAAUCGCCAGAAUGAAGAAGCAGCUCAACAUCGUGCUUCUGCGCGAGGGGGUGGCCACCGCCAUGCCGUUCUUCAGGGACACGCCUGUCGGCUUCCCCUACCCCAAAUCAAUGUUCUUCUGGACAUUCGGUGAGAGAAGACUAAUUGGCGUCAAGACAAGAGCCGGUGGUCACAUGUAUUGUCUCUCGCUCCGUGUGCGUGUGUGAGUGCAGAAGGGCAGUCGACGGCCGAUAAGCGGAAGCAGAACCGGUUGUCGCUCAAGGGCGGUGCCUAUUUGUCAGCGCUGGACAAGAGGGCGCCUUUGGAUGGUGUGCUGGUGUUGCCGCGCGGUGGCUGGGCGGACAUCAGCCACGCCCACUUCACCAAGCGGACGGACGGCCGGACGGUGUCCAUGUGGGUCAAGGCAGAACAGGGGCCGAUGGAGGAGGCACAAGUGCUCUAUGACGAGGUGGGUGGACGCACAGUGACCUCAGCUGAUGGACGAGACGAGCCACAGGUGGAUUGUGGUAUGCUCGUGUGUCAGGGCAACGACUAUGCUGGCGCUGCGUUGCGUCUGAAGGACAGCAAAAUGGAGGGGAUCAUUCGCAUGAAUGGCCACACACUCAGGGUGGCCAAGCGAUUCACACACCAGGUGGGGUGGGCACGGCACGCACAGAGACAGUCAGGGGGCCCGGACCUGCACCGGGACUGUGUGUCCGUGCCGUGUGUGGGAUCCAUUAGAGCUGGGCGCAUGUGGCCCUGCAGUACGGCGACUCGGAGGCCUGUCUCUUCCUGGACGGCCUCAAGAUGGCCUGCCAGGCGGCGGGGGGCAGCAAGCAGAAACAGCCCAAGACACCAACCAACAACCCCAAAGGCAAGACACCGACCAACAACCCCAAGGGCAAGCAGAAGAAAGGCAAACGCCCCAAGAGAAAGGCAAAGGCCAGCAAGGCAAAGGCCACCAAGAAGCGAAGGAGACAACGACAGCAGCAGCAGCAACAGCAGCGACAGCAACAGCAACAACAGCGGCAUGCCGAUACGGUAUACUUCGACGUCCCACCCCUUCCACAGCCCCACACUUCCAAGGUGGAGAAGCUAGACAUCUCGCCCCCCAUCACACUCGCCGUCACUGAGCCGCCAGCGGUGGAUAGCCCCUCGGCUGACCUCACAGACGUGCUCCUGGACAGCAACCACAGCAGCUACAGCAGCUACGAUGUGGACGACUCAGCCAUGACGAUGAAGGGCACCACAAUUGCGGGCCAGGCUGCCCUCGGCGCGUCGGUCGGCGGCUCGUCCUUCGGCGACCACAACAAUCGCGAGUCCGACUUUUUCACAGGGCAAAUGGAUGAAGUGCGUGUGUACGGCAGCUACAACGCCCCGUCUGAGGCGAACCUGGCUGCGAUGGGGGGCGUGGUGGGUCGGUGGAAGAUGGACAGGGACGCCAAGGACGUGUCGGGGUUCACAGACGGGCAGGGCAAGGACUGGCACUUCGACACCAACAGGAAACAGGGCAACGGAGCUGUCAAGUGAGUGAGGACGGACGAAUACAUACACGCACACCGCACCGCACACGUGGCCUCCUCGUCCUGUCCGUAUGUGAUGCAGAAUGGACGGCAGCGGUGAGUCCAUUCGGCUCAAGUCCGACAUUCUCAGUCGUGGCUUCACCUCCCUGACGGUGUGUGCCUGGGUGGAGCCUGCGUCCGGAACCAACGGCCGGCGCAUCAUCUACGAGCAGGGCGGCAAGAGGACCGGCUUCGCACUCAGACACCAAGGCGACGAGCUCCAGGCGGCCUUCGUCUCGCGUGGCGACCGGCAGAUCGUUAAGGCGUCGCCGCUCCCAGACGGCCAGUGGACGCACGUGUGCUGCACCUUCGACAAGGGCAACGUGGCGCUCUACAUGAAUGGCCAAGAGAGGGCUGCCGAGAGCAUCAAGCUCAAGUCGCUGCCGCACCACUCUGAGAUGGCGUGUGCGAUUGGGGAGAGCAUGGGCACCAACGCCUUCGGGGAAAGGCCGUCGGGGAACUUCAUGGGGUCCAUUGAUGACGUCAUUGUGUGGGACCAGCCGCUGGGGAGGCGGCAGAUCAUCGACCUGCACAACAACCUCACAUAAUGGAUGGGGGCAAUCUCCCCCCCUCUGUCUUGUUUGUUGAGGUUUUUCAACAGCUGCAUUGAUUGCAUCGCUGGUGACUUUCGCUCGUGUAUAGGUGGGUAGAGCUGCUUCACUCUUGGGGCGCCUGUGGGCUUCGAUUAUUUGUCGGCCUACUUGUGUCUCGCCGCCCCUUUGGCCCAUCUGUCUGUACUAUCAAUGAGUAUCUAGUUGAGUAGCCUGUCUGUCUGUCUCUCUGUACUUGGGGGGUGGAGGGGGCGUCGUAGCAAUUAAACGGUCCACACACACUGUUACAGAGAUGCGAUGCUACCGUGUGCUGUCUGUCGUGUGGGUGUGGGUGUGCCCUCCCCGUCCCCACUGACAUCUAUCGCUCACUCUUGCAUGCUUCUUACCGCCAGACUGUGACAGUAUUGACCCGUCCAUCACGUGGCACGAUUGAUCAUGGGCCCAAGACAC